UUUAGAGACAUUUCUCAUUGCGAGUAAGUGUCUGAGAGGUGGGACUUGUCUGAGCUCCCUGCUGACGGAGGCUCUUUUGAUUCCAGACUUUGGGUCACUUGGAGAAAGCAGUGGUUCUUGAACUCACCUUGAAGCACGUGAAAGCACUAACAAACCUAAUUGACCAGCAGCAGCAGAAACUCAUGGCCCUGCAGAGCGGUUUACAAGCUGGUGAGCUGUCGGGGCGAAACAUCGAAGCAGGUCAAGAGAUGUUCUGCUCAGGUUUCCAAACGUGUGCCCGGGAGGUGCUGCAGUACCUGGCCAAGCAUGAGAAUACUCGGGACCUGAAAUCUUCGCAGCUCGUCACCCACCUGCACCGGGUGGUCUCGGAGCUGCUGCAGGGUGGCACCUCCAGGAAGCCGUCAGACCCAGCUCCCAAAGCGAUGGACUUCAAGGAGAAGCCCAGUUCCCUAGCCAAAGGCUCCGAGGGCCCUGGGAAAAACUGUGUGCCGGUCAUCCAGCGGACUUUCGCUCACUCGAGUGGGGAGCAGAGUGGCAGUGACACAGACACAGACAGCGGCUACGGAGGAGAAUCGGAGAAGGGCGACUUGCGCAGUGAGCAGGGGUACUUCAAAAGUGACCAUGGACGCAGGUUCACCAUGGGAGAAAGGGUCGGUGGUAUUAAGCAAGAAUCCGAAGAACCCCCCACAAAAAAGAGCAGAAUGCAGCUCUCCGAUGAUGAAGGCCACUUCCCUAGCAGUGACCUGAUCAGCCCCCCUUUCCUGGCCCCGCACCCGCACCAGCCUCCCUUCUGCCUGCCCUUCUAUCUGAUCCCACCGUCAGCAACUGCCUACCUGCCCAUGCUGGAGAAGUGCUGGUACCCCACCUCCGUCCCUGUGUUAUACCCGGGCCUCAAUGCCUCCACUGCAGCUCUCACCAGCUUCAUGAACCCAGACAAGAUCUCGGCCCCUUUGCUCAUGCCUCAGAGACUCCCUUCUCCCUUGCCAGCCCACCCGGCCAUCGACUCCUCUGCCCUGCUCCAAGCUCUGAAGCAGAUCCCCCCUUUAAACUUAGAAACCAAAGACUAAACUCUUUAGAGGGGGGGAUCCAGCAGCUUUGCUUUCCAUCCUGCCUACUUCCCCCCCCACCCCACCCCCCCAAAAAAAAUGUUUGUGAGUGCAGCGAGAUUGUUCCAGUGUGUGUGCCAAGACAGUCUGAGGCAUGAGGAGAAGAGCUGGGGUGUGUGUGCGUGUGCAUCGUGUGUUGGUUUAGGACAUAAAAGCUCCUUUUGGCCUAGGGAAGACACGAAGGAUUGCCUUCCAUCAGGAGAUUUAGGGGGAUUGUGGCAGACCUCGGGGCUUUUCCCCACCCAGAGAAGAGCCCCCUCUGAUACAAAUCAGUUGGAUUUCCAAAAGCUUCAGAGCCUGGGUCUGUGAGUCAGUCUUCACUUUGGGAGCUGGGUCUGUGGCUUUGAGAAAAAGGUACUUUCAAAAGAGGGCUUUCCAGAGUGCCGUUCCCAGCCAGCUCUUCUGACCCCACCCUUCUCCCUUUUAUUGUCGCUGUGACUCACCAUACAGGGAGAGGGCAGCCAGACUGAGCUUUCUGCAAAGUGGUGAGGUAGCAGACACUGGCAUAGCAUGGCAGUGGUUUGGGGAGAUUUCCGCAGGUCUGCUCCCCACCCCUGCCUUGAUGAAUAAAGAGAAUGUAGUCCCCUCCUCAGGCUUUUUCAUAGUGAUUAGCUCAGUAAGGAACUGAAAGGGCCCCCUGGUAUAGGCAGAGCUGCCAGGGGACGAGGGACAAGUCCCCCCAGGCCUCUGGCACCUGUUUCUAGAAACAGUCUUGCUGUCCAGGGAACCAAACCAAGGUGUGAGAGGUGCAGACGCCUAAGUUCCGAGCGCCCAACAGUGCAAACAGCU